UACAAGUUCACACUCGUCGCAUCAGACAACGGCAAGUCAAGCAGACAGACAACCCUUGACCUCAUCAUCAAAAUUGUCGAUGUCAAUGACAACUCUCCACAGUUUGAAUCAUCCCACUAUAGCGUUUCUUUACCGGAAAAUUCCAAAGUUGGGACUGAAAUCAUCCGAGUCUUGGCUACCGACGCUGAUGAAGGAAUGAAUGGAAUUGUGAAGUACGGAUGGUCGGAUGAUACGUUUAAAAAAUUUGGAAGUUAUUUCUCCAUCGACUCCGGGAGUGGAUCUAUCCGAUUAAAAAAGACGUUGGACUACGAGAAGAGUCACCUUUUAGGACCCAUCCAUCUCUCCGUGAUGGCCUCCGAUCAGGGAGUCUCCAAAAAAUCUUCCUACACCACGGUGACGGUCAGAAUCGUGGAUGUUAACGAUAACGAGCCGUUCAUUUACUUCAAGCCGAUCCCCAAAAAUUCCCCGCCAGGCACAGAGGUCGCCAGGUUCUCCGUGGUUGACAGAGACGAGGGAAGGAACGGUCAGAUUGCAUGCGACAUCAGGGACGUAUCCCUCCCAGCUUCGGCCAUCAUCUUCACUGUACAGAUCGAUAAACAAUCCUACAUCAAUAACUUCGUAAUACAAACUAGCGGAGAAAUCGAUCGGGAAUCAAACCCGAAAGGAUUCGAUGGGUUUAUCGUCUGCAAGGAUCACGGAGAGCCGGAUCUUAACAACGCCAGAAGAUUCAAUCUAAACAUCCUGGACGUGAAUGACAAUGCUCCCAUUUUUGAACUCAACACUUUUCAAGUGCACAUCGAAGAAAAUCUCGCUGUUGGAUCUCCGAUAAUAAGAACGAAGGCAAAGGACAAUGACUCCGGCGAAAAUGGUGAAAUAACAUACACGAUACAUCCUCUUAAGGAAAAAUGGAAUAACGUUCUCAGUAUCGACGAGGAAGGAACUGUUAGAACUGUCUCAAACAUCGACUAUGAGAAAAUGACGAAAAUGUUUUUUGAUAUAACAGCCCAAGACCACGGAUCUCCUAGCCAAGUCGGUAGGGCUUCAUUGGAGCUGAACAUCAUUGACGUAGACGAGUACCUCCCUGUUUUU